GCUUUUUUUUUUUUGCACUGAAUUGAAAGCAAAUAUUUUUUCUAUCUGUAAUAUAAAACGUUAUAUGUUAAGUGAGGCAGAAAGAAAAUGUAACUAGGAGAACUUUAGUCGUUUUCCUGAAACAGUUUAGGCUUGGUUCUUUUAUUGAUUUGCAAGAUGCUACAUUAAUAUUAAAGUUAGCUAAGUGCUUUGUGUGUGUUUUGGGGGAUAUUCUAAACUUAAUGAAUUCUGACCAAAAUUCUAGUUAUAGUAUCUAAAGAUGGUUGUUUGUAUUUUUUUUUCUUUUUCUUUUUAACCUGUGAAUUGUAACCCAUCCAGAGAUGCUGUGGAGACAGGAGUCUCCAAAUUGAAUUAUUAUGUUUAUAAUUAUGGUUAUGAUUAUUAGCCUUUCAAAUGUUAGAAAGUGAUUUCUUUGGGUUUUUUGUUUCAUUAGCAAAGGAGGGAGAAAAAUUCUGUAAUUUCAUCAAUAGCUGGAGUUUGUAAUUGAACUUCCUAACUUCUGUGUUAGCUUGACAAAGAAUAGCUAGGACAAUCUUAAUUCUGGCUGAUUCUAAAUAGCUAUAAAUAACGUGGCAUAAUUAGUCACCAAAACAGUGAAUAAUAUAAUAGUCUGUUUUCCGAGCUCUCUUACAGUGAAAUCAAUAGUAAAUUGUGCUAAAGUUGUAUGUUUGGCUGUGAGCUGAAUAGCAGGAUUUAAUUUUGGUUUGUGGUAUCUGGAAGAUUAUGUACUUUCGCAGCGCUGAAUUGGAGACUAUAUGAAUUUAGUGGACACUUGAAAAAUGCCUGUGAUCAGGAAUUUGAGCCAUGCUUUCAAGCAUCUGUUGAACAAACCUGGCUGUGGUUGUCAGGUUGCUCUUGUGCCUGUCAGAUGUCUUGGUAUCUCACCCCGGCAGGUGCCAUCAGAUGCCAGCUUUCAUUCAGUAUCUUUUUCAGAAACUGAUCAUCCACGGGUAUUAAUUACAGGGGGACUAGGCCAGCUUGGAGUAGGACUUGCUAAGUUGUUAAGAAAACGCUUUGGAAAGAACAAUGUGAUUUUGUCAGAUAUUAGAAAGCCCCCUGAUAGUGUCUUCUAUAGUGGUCCUUUCAUCUACUCUGAUAUUUUGGAUUACAAGAAUCUUCGUGAGAUAGUGGUGAACAACAGGAUUACUUGGCUAUUUCAUUACAGUGCUUUGCUCAGUGCAGUUGGAGAAGCCAACGUCCCUUUGGCAAGAUCUGUGAAUAUCACUGGUAUCUCUCAACGACUGCACAACAUUCUUGAUAUAGCUGCUGAGCAUAGUUUGAGACUCUUUGUUCCCAGCACAAUUGGGGCUUUUGGACCAACUUCCCCUAGGAAUCCAACUCCUGAUCUCUGCAUCCAAAGGCCAAGGACAAUCUAUGGAGUCUCUAAGGUUCAUGCCGAACUUAUGGGAGAGUACUAUCAUUAUAGGUAUGGGCUAGAUUUCCGGUGUCUAAGGUAUCCUGGCAUUAUCUCAGCUGAUUCCCAGCCAGGUGGAGGAACAACUGAUUAUGCUGUCCAAAUUUUCCAUGAUGCUAUCAAGACUGGAAAGUUCCAAUGCAAUCUUAAACCAGAUACCUGCUUGCCAAUGAUGUAUAUUGAUGACUGCCUUAGAGCUUCUUUGGAGAUCAUGGAAACACCUGCCGAGCAGCUGAGCAUGAGGACUUACAACAUCAGUGCCAUGAGUUUUACACCUGAGGAGCUGGUUCAAGAGGUCCAGAAGCAUAUUCCAGAACUUGAAGUUGUCUACAACGUAGAUCCUGUUAGGCAAGCCAUUGCUGACAGUUGGCCAAUGAUUUUGGAUGACAACAAUGCUCGUGAAGAUUGGGGAUGGAAACAUGAUUUCGAUCUUCCAGAUCUGGUGACCACCAUGUUCAACUUCCUUAGCUCUGUCCGUUCCAUUUCCAGAGUUGCUCGAGUCAACUAAGUCUUUAUAUGAUGCAACGUCCAGAUGUCUCACAGCUCUUCAUCUACUAAGAUUUGAAGCAGCCUGCUAUUUGAACAGGAUUGCUGAUCUCUCAAUUUGCUUUUCUUUUUGCUAAAGAAAUAUACAUGCACACAUACAUACAUAUACAUUUGCUAAAGAUUUACACACAGACACAUACAUGCAUACAUUGAGAAGAAGUUUGUAUGCACUUCUAAAAGCUAUCUAGCUAUUGGGACCCUCAGGAAAUACUUGUUCAUAAGCUGCAGAUUGCUUGCUCUCCUAAUUCUAAAUGUUUGUCUGGAAUAUACUCUUCUUUUGUUGUUUCGUUUAGUCUUCAUAUGCCAAUAUAUUAUUUGGCUGUUGGAUAAUAUGUUUUAGGGCUAUGCAUGCUUCAGUAAGGAUUUGGAAGAAGUACUUUGGAACUCACAAGAACACAGCACCUCUUUGCUAUUCAUUAAAACAGCCACUUCUUUUUUUUCAGAAUUCUAUUUAAGCCUAACCAAAAAUGCUUCUGCAGAAGGCUGAAAAAAUUGGGCUAGUAUAGUGAAUUAUCAGAGAAGUGCUGAGCUUGUUUAAGGACCAAAGCAUCUCUUAUUAUUUGAAGUGUGCACAGCAUUAAUAGCUAUAACUAAAACUAAAUUAUGUCCCACCUUGAAUUUCCUGGGCUAGAGAAAGUAGAUGGCACGGGAAGAGGGAGCAUUAAGGAGAGACUUUGCAGAAGAGAAGCAUGAUUCUCAGCUCCUGGUUGGAACUGUGAUUCUCUGACAGUUUGUUCCACCCUGAACUUCCUGCUCUCACAUUCAUGGAAAACUGAACACAACUGCAUAGUCCCCUGGAAGGAUUAAGUAUUAGGUCUUAUGUUUGUAAUAUUUGUAAGCUCUUUGUCCACUAAGGCCCUCCCAUAGCUUCACAAAGUUAAACUUGUUUCAGGAUGCUAUAUUUUCUAAGAGAAUACACUUGUACAUUGUUGCAAGUAUCCCCCAAGUCUGCAAGUCUGCGGCAUCAGGAAGCAAAUGACAGGAAAAACUUGGGGGAUACUUGCAACAGUGAUAACAGCUGGAAAAUGGUGCUGUGAAGGUUUUUCCUGUUAUUUUGCCUCUAUGAAUUGCAUAAUGCCGUGGAAAUUCAAACCAGAUUACAUAAAAUUCAGAUUAAAUCUAUGAAUGUAUUUAUAAAUUAUGGUGUCUUGGGAUAUGCUUCUGUGUUUCUGCUUUUAGGUAUUCUGAUAUCACUGAAAAUAUAAAAGAUUAAAAAAUGCAGUUUAAUUCCUUCCCCAAUCUACUAUAAAUGUGCUCAUUUGCUUAUGAAAGGGAUUUUUUUCUUCUCUGCCUUUGUUUUAUGUUGAUGCUUUCAACAUUCCAUAGCUCAGAUUAAUUUAUAGAUAGAUGCUGUUUGCUCAACUUUGGACUCUUUCAUUCUGUACUGUAUGUCAAAGUAAAAAUAGGACCAGUCUAUAGGAAACCUUGGAGAAAGCUGAUAUUGUAGCUUAGUCUUGAAUUGGGCAAGAAUAUGUCCUUCUCUCAGAGCAGAGGAAUUAAAUAUGAAUCCAGGUAUUUCCUCUUCAGGUAAUGAAAUGUGUUACAUUUUAGACUUACUCCUUUGCUCUCAACUUUCCUAAAGCCUUGGACUUUCUCUUAAAUACUUGUGGAGUCCCUCAAGUUAGUGGUCAUUUUUUAGCAAUCCUGGGUCAAUUCCCAACUGAAAAGCCCUAGACCAGCAACGUUUCCUUUGACAAGGUAUAAACAUAUUUAAUUUAUCUCUUUAUUAUGAAUUAUAUGCCUCUCAGUUCCAAAAAGGCUCUGAGAAGCUUACAAAUGAUACAAAAAUAGAAGAAUUAAAAGAAAACAUAACCAAACCCAAUCACAAUACAAUAACCACUGGCACCAAAGAAAACAAUUCUGGCAACAAUGUUCACCUAUUGCGGGAAGAGGACCUGCUGCACCAUAGGUCCCCAAAGACUUUCCAGAACAACCAGGGUUUGGCAGAUUUCCUGAACACAAACGGAGUUGGCACUGUCCUGACCAUCUAGGGUCAGGGUCACUUUGUGAUAAGCGGUGAUUGUUUUCAUACCAUUGCUGUGGACUUCCUGAAGACAUGUUUUGGACAUCGUUGGAGGGGGACACAUGACCAGUGUGGCCUGCUCAGUGGCCCACUGAUGUUCUACAACCAUGGUGCGUGGUUGUCUUCUAUAGCUGCUGCCCUUUGAAUUCUCAGGAGAUAGAGGUUGUACUCAAAUAUUUUAAUUUUUGUUACAUCGCUGUGCAUGCCUGAAGCACUUAUGCUGCAAUACAAUAGACAUCUUGCCUAGAUUUAGAAUUUCUCUUGGAAUUUUAGCUCUGAGAGAGGAUUGAACUUUUGGUCACUGCUGUCACCACCAGCACAGUUCAGAUUACAAUAUUUGGCCCAAUGGGUCUGCUAAGCAAAACCCAAUCAAGUUUACAAUGUUAAGAACUUAUUAAAAAUAAUUUCCACAUGGAGGUCACUUUGAUCUUGAAAAACAGUCUCAAGUAUUUUCUUUAUUAAAUACAAAUGUCUUGAGUGAAUUACAUAACUCUCCUUUUUUCUGUGAUAUGAAAUAAUUGAUAUGCAAGAUUUUUUUUUCAGUCUGAUUUAUUCUAAAAUGGUGAAAGACAACUGAGGCUGCUCUGGUAAGACCAGGAUAUUAAAAUCAAAAUUCUCAAUUUGGGCAAAGGUUUGGACUGUGAGUUUUAGUUACUGUUUUAUGAAGAUAUUUAAGGAUUGUGUUUCCCUUGUGGAAUAUAUUGUAAUCAAACCUUUGUAUUAGUCUGUAUGUCCAGUGAAUUUAAUGGGAUUUAGCAUUCAUACAUUUUGUCAGUUCUGAAUUGCAGUUUCUUUUAUCAGGAAGGAAUAUUUGUCUCCAGAAUAAGAGUAAAAUACAUACUGUAUAUAUAGGAGUUUUCUCUCCUUCCCCUGCCACCCCACUGAAAGUUAUCAGUACUAUUUGAAUAAAGUCCUAAAUG